GGAUCCAUCCGAGACGACCUACUAGCCGCCCUCAGCCAUCUAUCAAUAUGCGUUCCAAGUUCAAGGACGAGCACCCCUUCGAGAAGCGCAAGGCUGAAGCCGAGCGUAUCCGCCAGAAAUAUGCCGAUCGCAUUCCGGUAAUCUGCGAAAAGGUUGAGAAAUCGGACAUCGCGACCAUCGACAAGAAGAAGUACCUUGUCCCUGCCGAUUUGACGGUUGGGCAGUUCGUCUACGUCAUCCGUAAGCGGAUCAAGCUGUCACCCGAGAAGGCGAUCUUCAUCUUUGUCGACGAAGUGCUGCCACCGACGGCUGCUCUCAUGAGCAGUAUCUACGAAGAGCACAAGGAUGAAGAUGGCUUCUUGUAUAUCACGUAUGCCGAUCCCUCCGUCCCUCCUGGGUCAUAUCCGCGCGCAUGAGACUAAUGUGGUACUCCUAUCAGGUACUCCGGCGAGAACACUUUUGGUGACUGCUAGGCGCUGGUCGAUCUCUCCUUUCCGAUAUCCUGAUCUCUGAAGUGAAUCCGUUGCCGUCGGCAUUCAGUCGCUUAAGAUUCAUAUGGUUCCUUUUGGGAAUUAGG